UGAACACUUUAUCAGCCCUUUUGGUUAAAUCCAAUUGGUUGGCACUACUUCACUGGCACGUUGCAAAACUAUGGAUAAUUUUCCUGCUGUUUUAGAUCCCUUCACUCUUUCAAUCGAUAAAUUCUAGACUAGAAUACAAACCGUGGACAAAUCUUGGCCUUGCUCAAAGAAUCAUGUUGGAAUUUUCGUUAUGGUAGAAAAACAACCUAGUUCGUGUCAAAAAGUACUAAGAUACGGUUCUCUUUAUCAGAUUCAGAGGAAAACGUAAUUAUCCAUGUCGCUGCCAAGGUUUAUGGGAAAGAACGGCUCAAAACUGGCAAAUGAUCUUAGUUCACCAGGCUCAGCUAAUGUUCCUAAACAUGUUGUGAUAGUUAUGGAUGGCCUAAAGGAAUUCACCACAGAGCUGCUAGAAUGGGUGCUUGAAAAAAUUAUAGCACCCGGUCACAUAGACAUAGUCACCCUCCUUGGUUUCAUGCCAUGGUUGAAUAUUCCUUUGUCUUCGAAGACCUGGCAAGAUGUUUGGACUCUUGAAUUUGAGCAUCUGCCUCUCACAAAAGAGAAAAACGAGUGGAAGAAUGAUGCCAAAUAUCUAAAGCUCCAAGCAGUGCUUAAUCUUUGCAAAAAUUAUGGGGUGGUGCCACAGAAAGAAAUUGUAAUGGGGUAUCCCCUACCAUCGCUCGUUGUCGAAAGAAUCAUAAGUCUUCGCGCAACAUGGGUUGUUUUUGACAGUAACCGGGAUCUGAGAAAGAACAGGAAAUUCUUUGCUGAAAAAAUACCCUGCAAUAUGGUAAUGAUAAAUCAGGAAGGGGAAAUGGAUAUGAUCAAAGGGUGUCCCAUAAUUGAUAAUGGAAAGCGCACUCCUAGUGAAUCCCCAGCCUCAUUGGUGCCUAAUCCACUGGUGAUAUAUUCUGAACCUUUGAAACGAAUCCUGGAGGAGCAAGAGCUAGAGAUAGACGAUGAUGAUUAGUUCUUUCUUUAGCUACUGCUACUGAUCAUAUGACGAUUGUAAGCUAUUGAAAAUAGAACCCUCAGUGCAUGAGGUGAGAAAGUAGCAUUACUAUGGGUAGGAUUUAAAUAUAACAAGGCUAUGGCCGGCCUAUCAACUAUGGCUUUGUUUUCUCA